AGAUUACGUCAUUUCCGCUGCCGCCAAUAGAGACGGGUGAACAUGGCGAAGAAACAACGUGGGAAAAGCGCCUCUUUGCAGAAAAAGGCAGAAAGUAAAAAAGUAGCGGAUGACUUGAAGUUGGUGUUGGAGUCUAGUGACGAGGAGGCGCCGGAGGAGGUGACCUUUGAGGAGUCCAAGGCUCAGGCUGUCCAGAGCCUGAAAGAGGCGCAGGACACGGCCAGAAGAGAGAAGGAGCAGCUGAGGGAGAAGAGGAGGAAGAGGCAGGAGUUUUUCCAGGAACAGAAGAAAAAGAAGCUCCUGUCAGCUGACGUGUUGGAGAAGAUCGCCUCGGCACCUUUGAAGGAGCAGAAACAGUCAGAGGAUGAAGCUGCAGACGAAGGAGAAGAGGAAGGAAAGAAGAGGAAACUCCCACGUGUCAGAAACGUACGGGGAACCUACACGAUAACCACGGUGACGGGAGGAGGCGUAGCCGACUUCCAGCGGCAGGCAGCGGAGGACUUCGUCCGCUCCAGGUUGUACGGACCGGGAAGCUGCAGGAGCUCCAAUAACGACAUGCUGUCCAUCCAGAACAAGACGGGGACGAACAAAAGCGCCGCUGUGCAGUUUGUGAAAAAAGGCUGGGCCUCUAAGGAGAAGGCCAAAGCAGAGAAGCUGAAGAAGAGGUGGCUCCACAAACAGCAGGUUUCCUCCAGCUGACAGGGACCUGAGGACGUACAGCGGAUUUCCUGGAAACACGGCGGCCGGAGAGAGCCGCGUCACGCCGCUGGAGGACAUAAAACAUGGCCGACAGUCAGAAACACGGAGGAAGAAGCUGCUGGAGCUUCAGGGCUGAGACAGUGGGCGGGGGGGGGACUGGAUGUCGGACUACUUCGCCUGAGCUGAAUGAAAACAAAUGAAUAAAUCAAGAGUUUCUAAGAGAAACAACCCAGAAAUGGACUUUAAACCUUGUUUUCAGGUUAAAAGGCAGAAUUUCUCCACAUCGUAACCUUAAAGGCAGAGAAGAAACCCUGCUUUUCAUGUAAAAAUGCUCCAUGUAUUUUUGAAGAUAAAAAAAAAAAAAAAAA